AUGAAGUCAGAAGUGGUGACUGUUCCUGGGCCGUUCACAGAAAGUGCAGAUUUCAGUUUCGAAAACCAAGCGUCUUCUGCACCGUCAUCUCCCUCGGUUACUGAAGGAAGUAGCCAAGGCCUUUUACAAGUGCUUGGAGUAUUUUUGAUUAUUUUCAAUGUGGGUCUAAAUUUUGCAUAUGGAUCGUUUGAGAGUUUCUAUGCUCUGACAUACAUCCCAACUUUCUCAGCGUCUGCCAUAUCAUGGAUCGGCACAAUUCAAAGCUGGUUAUUGAUUGUCUCCGGCCUGAUCUCCGGUCCUCUCUUUGAUCUUGGCUAUUUCUCGUUCAUGAUCGGUGCCGGUUCAUUCCUGGCAGUUUUUGGUUUCAUGAUGCUAAGCCUUUCACAUCAAUACUAUGCAAUUUUCCUCAGCCAAGGAGUAUGCAUGGGACUGGGGUUUGGUCUGUUGUAUAUACCAGGAAUCACACUUAUCAGUCGAUCAUUUGUUCACAAGCGAGCCGUGGCUUUGGGUUUUGCUACAUCUGGUGCCCCUGCGGGAGGUAUCAUCUAUACUGUCAUGUUUGAUCGACUGAUUUCGAAGUUGAGUUUUGCAUGGACUGUCCGCAUCAUGGCUUUUGUGAUGCUGUCUCUGUUUCUCAUCGCUGCUGCCCUGCUGUUGUCUCAAGGAAGGAGCACGACAACAAUAAGUAACAACCAACGAAGGAAGCUGAUUGAUAUGCGAGCUCUCAGAGAUCUUCCCUUCUGGAGUUUUAUUGCUGCUAACUUUCUGAUGUAUCUCGGAUACAUAACACCCUUCUAUUAUAUCCCGACAUACGCACAGACGAAGCUUGGCACUUCACGAUCCCUCGCCUCUUAUAUUCUCAUAAUAUCCCAAGCAUCGUCGAUCGUCGGUCGUGUCGGCACCACAAUUUUUGCCCAUUAUUAUGGUUCAAUGAUGUCUUGGAUAUUCUGCGGCAUGCUCUCCGGAAUUUUAUGCUUUGCCUGGAUUAGUGCAGACACCCUUUUGCGUUUUAUUCUCUUUGCCGCCUUCUAUGGUGGUAUAUCCGGAGCCUUAAUUCCCCUCCCACCAAGUGUUUUCUUCCAUGUUUGCCCAGAUAUAGAAAUCCUUGGUACCUGGCUUGGGAUGGCUCAAAGUAUCAGCAGCUUUGCAUCCCUGUUGGGACCACCAAUUGCAGGUGCACUCGCUUCGAUCGAUUCUCACGGUAGCGCCGAUCUUAACUUUCUCAACAUUCAAUUGUUCGGUGGAAUCACAAUGAGUCUCGGGGCCUUGGAACUGAUGCUUCUGUGGUACUUGCUUUGGAAGAUCAGGGAUAAAAAAGGCUUGUUUUGA